AUGACAAACAUCAUCACAAAUAGACAAAUCUUAUCGUCACAAAUAAAAAAAUCGCUCAGCUGUAGCACCCUUUCGCUGCCUAGCUGCCAUGCUACCCGAAGGUUGCAUGAGGGCUGGGAUACUGUCAGGUGGCCAAGCCUAGACAGGGGAAAUCUAGGGGCAAAGGUCGGGUUCGAACCACGGAUUUUCCGGUCAAUAACAGAAACUACUCACAAGGUUGCUGAAAACUCUUCGACAGCCCCUUCUUGGGGCUCAUCAGGUAGGCGCAGUCCCCUAGUUUCCGUCAACCUUAUGUUCUACUUGAACCCAAAUUGGACCGUUUUCGAAAAGAAAUUCCUCUCACAAGGAGCCUGUGCAUUGCAGUCAUCGUUGACAGAACGACAUGAGUGUUUAACAAUGAUGGUUCACUCCAGUACAAACAUGAUUUAUUUGAAAGCCUCAUCGUGA